CCGUCCCGUAUAAAACGCGGCGGAGCGCUUGACACGGCAUCACAAACCCGCCGCUCACGACCAGAGAAAGAUACACGCGAAACGCGACCUACCCUUGGAUUUAAACAAUGACUUUUGAAGAAUUUAGUGGACAGGAUAACGCAGCUGCCACUGGCGAUAGAAUGCAGAGCGCAGGAACGGCACUGGAGGAGCUUCUGGUCUCCGCAAAGAAGCAGGACUGCCUUACCGUUGGGGUGUAUGAGUCUGCACAAGUCAUGAAUGUUGACCCAGACAGCGUGGCUUUUUGCGUCCUGGCUACGGAUGAGGAGUACGAAUGUGACAUCGCCUUGCAGAUCCACUUCACUCUCAUCCAAGCCUUCUGCUUCGACAACGACAUCAACAUUGUUCGUGUGAAUGACAUUGAACGUCUUGCUGACAUUGUGGGCAGCGAUCAGGACGAGGAACCUAAGGACGCACACUGCAUACUUGUAACGAGCCCCAAUGCUGACUCGUGGAAAGAUCCUGCUCUUGAGAGAUUGGGCUUGUUCUGUGAGGAGAGCCGCAAUGUCUACGAAUGGGUGCCUACCAUUACUCUGCCGGAGCGCUGAUAGGAGAUGGCUUUGGCACGUGAAUGAAACCCGAAACAAGCGGAAGACGUCCAUCCUAAAGGGUACACCGGUGCAAAGCGAGAAAGCUUUGAGAUAUUGUCUGGAUUACCCUCACAACUGGGAAGAUAAAAGUGCACUGACCCAGCGUACGGUUGGCCGUCCUGGAAAAGCUGAUGUUCAGAAUCUUUUUUUUGGACGAGCAUGGAAAAGUCAAGCCUCCUGUGCCAUCCAAGUCUGUUGUGGUGGAGACAAUAGGAGAGACAUGGACAGGUGGAGCGUGAGAGCAGGUUUAUGAGACUGAAGGAGAAGAAGAGCAUUGGAAUUCUUGAGGAAUGAGAUGUGGAUUUUAAAGAGGAACUAUGUUUGAGUGACAUUUUGAAGAUGUUUUGAGGUCUAAUGGGCACUUGGGAUGUUGUUCGAAAAAUAUUACAUGGACACUAGUGUAACUUGUCUUUUGUGAUAUCCUGGGGGGAAAGAUGGAUUUUAUUAAGUUGUGCAUUUUGUCAAAUAUUCAUAAUGCGAUGUAAAAAUUGUGUUUAAUGCACCAUUUCUGCAAUGAAUAAAUACCUUAAAAAUGCAA